AUGAGGGAGCGGCUGCUCUGCAUGCAAGUGGAGUCAAAUCGAUAUUCUGUUACAGAGCUGGAGAAGCGGCCGCAGCCGCAGCUGCCUCGGAGCUCUGAGGAGCUGGAGGAUUUGCAAAAGCUGCUGCACUUCCCCGAGGAGGUGGCGCUCAGGUUGGCGGAGACUGAGUACCAGUUGUUCUACCAGGUACCACCCAGCGAGUACCUGCGGCACGUGACACAAGACCUGUCCGCCUUGUCCCAGAAGCAAUCAUCUGCCAGAUCUUCCACGUCGCCGGGUCACAGCUCGAGCAAAUACUGCACCACGAACAGCUCCACUCAGACGGAGGAAGAGGCCUCCUGGCCUACUGCUACUGGCACCACCACUGUGCAGACCCUCAUUAACCGCUUCAAUGAGGUGAGCUCAUGGGUGACCCACGCAAUUACCAGUGGCGCUACGAUCGAAGAGCGGCAGGCCAUCCUCUCUUGUCUGUUACGUGUCGCCCAAACCUGUUGGAAUACUGGCAACUUUAAUUCAGCUAUGGAAAUCGUUGCUGGUCUCAAAUCUAACAAAUUGAAGCCUUUCUGGCAGAGCGUGAACGAGCCUCUUCCGGUCUUGGAAUACCUCUCUUCCGCACUACUGUCCUCUGAAUAUGAGCGCGCUUUGGCCCGAGCUCUGGCGAUGCCAGAAUGCCCGGUUGUGCCAUUCUUCGGAGCCUUCCUGCGGGAAUUACGGGAAUUGGACGCUUGUAAACUUUCGCCUGAGCGGAGAGAAAAAGAAAGGGAAAAAGAAACUCUGCGUGGUGGCAGUAAGGAGGGCGAGACCCUCGAAAACGUGCCUUUACCCUCGCCUGGCGCGAGGGUCAGUGUGGAGAGUGAGGCGGAGGCAACUUCGGAAUGGAACUCCACGAGGGACGGUUCCCUGAAAAAGUCGGAAAAGCCUGGGAAUGCCAAGAAUACGAGCUCCGUUCUAGACAAGAUUGCCCUCUUUCAUCAACAUCAUCACGCACGUGGUAGAGAUGCCACCACGUGUUCCCAACAUCGUAGACUUAGUAUACACACUGCUGCCCUAGAACAGACUUACACGUCCGAGGAGAGUGAUGAGAAUGACUAUCAUCUUGACCUUGAUUCAUAUAAGCCGGUUCAACCCCUUCACAUCGACCACGGAGUCACUCUAUUUCCCACUGCUGCACCACAAGUGGGGAUUGAUUUGCACCUUUUGCAGACGUUACACCACGGAACGACCCUGGUGCACUGGGACUGUGAUAGCGGAACGUCGCGAACAGCAUUGGUCUAUGCGCGUGUGGAUCGUGCGUGUGGUACCUUCGUAUGGGAAAAACCAUCCUGGAGCUUGCUAAAAACAGCGGGCACUUUAGGGACUGGGACGGCGGAUUUUUGCUUGACAAUCAAUGCCGAGGAUACGGUCCCCGUGGGACUGGUCACCAGAUACUCUGCUCAGCAAAAUGACUGCGCCUUUGUCAACCUCGAUGAGGGUUACCUGGACCUCGCCUGUGUGAAAGAAGUUAUGAUCGGAUGCUCCGACCGGGAUCGGGAUCAGGAGCUCAGAGGCAUCUGCAAAAGAUAUGGCCUUCCCGGACCUGAUUCCUGUAUUGGAUUGAUGUACGGGUCCAAUUUAUCAGACAACAGGCUGAUCUUCCUACUGUGUCCUCCGACACUUACUAGAAUUUGGUACAUGGGGUUGUGUUGGAUUCUACGAGGUUUAAAGAGGCAACAACAAUUGACGGAUCGCCGAUCACGAUGGCUGAAAGAAAAAUACCUUCAGCUUUUUUUUGAAGAGGGAUGUUCAGAACCAAUGACUGCGGAUGCUAUUCGAAUUUUCGGUGGACGUGAUUGGUCCGUGACUGAAAGUAUUGGAACUUUGUCUCCUACUAGUAGUAGUACACUUAGAAGACGAAAUGUGAAAGGGAAGAAGACCAAAUCCAUCGGGAAUAUUCACGCCAUGACGAAGGAUCUGAGCUUCAAGCAAUACGAUUCCUCGGCGGACGGAGGAUUAUCAAUGGCCCCUCUGCAUUAUAUAACAGGAAGUAGAGAAUCUUUAACUAAAGUCGUCCCAGCUUCUCCCCGAGGAGGAAGAGAUAGGAUUCCAACUCGCAGCCCUCCUGGAUCCGCAGAACGUAUUGUCACCUCUAAUUUGCCUUACUCCAGUUUACAGAGCCUUUUAUGUGUCACUAGGGAUAGAGAUAAGAACGGAUCCAGCGGCUUAGCCGGGGGCUCAGAAGCCCCCUGGCAAGUAAAAGCUAAAGCGACUUCCAUCAUGUACGAGACCCAAUUGAACUUUGUCGAAUUUGUCGCUUUGUUUCGGUCCUUCAGUCUCAGAGCUAGAAAAGAUCUUCGCGAUCUUUUUGGUCAAUUGGCUAUCACCUGCCGAAGUCAGAGCGACGGUUCCUUAAGGGACUUCAACCUUCGUCCUUCCGUCUUACGACAGGCAAGCGACGCAACGCCACAACGAAUCGGUCUAUUAACGAGGAACAACUCCAUCGACUGUCAUGAGUACAAAACAAGCAGUAAUCUACACAAGAAGCAGAUACUUGAUGCUAUUGCCGCAGCCAGUAUCGUCAAUAAUUGUUCUGGGGUUGAUACGUCUAAGUCUCAAGUGAUAACACUCGCAACAUUUACUAAAUUUUUGGAAUCAAGACAGCAAGAAAAACUCACUGAAGAGGAAAUCAAAAAUCUCAUCAAGAGGCACGAACCAGACCCGAUCCUCCGCAUACAAUGGUGUUUAUCUUUCGAAGGUUUCGCUCGGUACAUGAUGGACAAAGACAAUUACGCUUUCCCCAACGAAUAUGCAACACCUUCAGAAGCUGAAAUGCAGCAGCCUCUUUCCCAGUACUAUAUAGCAAGUUCACACAACACUUAUCUUACUGGACAUCAACUUAAAGGCGAAUCUUCAGUCCAAUUAUAUUCCCAGGUCCUGCAGACCGGAUGUCGAUGCGUGGAAUUGGACUGCUGGGAUGGAGACGACGGUUCACCACUCAUUUAUCACGGUCAUACCUUUACUACAAAAAUUCCUUUUCGCUCGGUGGUGGAAGCGAUAGAUAGGAGUGCCUUUGUUAGUUCACCCUACCCUGUAAUUCUCUCCAUAGAAAAUCACUGCUCGCAAAGCCAGCAAGCUCGGAUGGCUCAAGUAUUUCAACAAGUAUUUGGGGAGAAGCUCGUGAAUAAGUUCCUUUACGAAUCUGACUUUGGAGAGGAUCCUCAAUUACCAUCUCCGUCGCAGCUUCGAUAUCGAAUACUCAUCAAGAAUAAAAAAAUGGUGGUGGAUCCUACAGGAUCUUUGGUUCAUGCACCCUUGGGUCACAGGGGGAAAAUGCUCAUGUCUGAUCGAGCUUCAUCUAUGAAACAAAUGAGAACCGAAGUGAGUAGCACUUCGGUAGCUGUUGAAUAUUAUAGUGAAGACGACGACGACGAGGAAGAUGAUGAUGAAGAUGAUAACGUUGAUGAUAAUUCCAUAUCCAGCUACGAAAAGUACUUGGGAGGCGGCCAAACACCGCAUGGUAGAUUAAAAUCUGACCCAGCUGAGGAUAAAUCGCAAAGGCAAAGCAGUCAAAUAGCAAAAGAACUUUCAGAUUUGGUGGUGUAUCUCCAAGCAAUCAAAUUUCGUGGCCUGAAUACUGCAGCCGGAUUGGGAUUAGGAUUAGGACCACCUGGAAAAGUUCGUCAUCAGAGUCACACUGGAACUGUUCAAAGACAUAGCAUAGCUGGAAUUGGAACUGCAGGUGUGGCACCAUCUUCUGGUUCACCCCAGUCUCUUUCAACAUCAGUUUCGGUAGCCAGUGGAGGAAGCAACAUCGACAACAUCUUCAGACUGACACGAGGUGUUCCAGCCUGUUUUCAAACCUCCUCUUUGAAUGAAAGUGCUGCCAAAAAAAUCUGUCGGAAACAACCUCUGGGUGUCUUGGCUCAUGCUGAAACCCAACUCGUUCGAACCUAUCCUGCUGGAAUGCGGAUUGAUUCAUCCAACUUUAAUCCUGUGAUAUUCUGGGCUUUUGGAAUUCAGAUGGUUGCUUUAAAUUACCAAACUGACGACGCUGCAUUGCACCUGAAUGCUGCGAUGUUUGAGCAAAAUGGACAAUGCGGAUAUGUCAGAAAGCCAGCUGUCAUGUGUGAUAAGGAUCAUAUGAUGUACAGACGAUUCAACCCCUGGGACAAAGAGUUCGACGGACUACACUCAGUACACCUGACCCUCUCGAUAAUAUCCGGUCAGUACGUCUCUCCAGCGAACCUCGUGGCCAGUACCUACGUAGAAAUCGAAUUAGUUGGUAUCCCAAUCGACUGUGCUAAACACAAGACAAAAUUAAUCCACAAUAACGCCCUCAACCCAAUCUGGAACGAAAAGUUCUGCUUCCAAGUGAUGUUUAGAGACCUCGCUUUCCUACGCUUUGGAAUUGUUGAAGCAAGCUCACAUCACCUGAUAGCCCAACGAGUCUUGCCUCUGAAAUGCCUCAGACCAGGUUACAGACACGUGAGACUCCGCUCUCUCAAAAAUAAGCCCCUGGCGCUCUCAACCCUCUUCAUCUAUUCUCGAAUGGAAGAAGAGAGUCUGGACUACAACACCUGCUGUCGGGACCACAAAGAAUCAUCAAAGCGGCCUUCCUCAGGCAAAGAACCAGAGAAGCUGAGCACCAUAGAUCCUGGUCUGAGUGGUGUUACCCUAAAAAGAAGAAUGUUCUUCCUCAUGGUCUACCACGUCGUUCCCGAAGAACCUUACACAAUUCUCAAGGUCACCCAGGAGAGUUCAACUCAGGAAGUGAUGUUGCAGGCUCUCCAGAAAGCUGGAAUCUCAGCAGAACAUGUGGACGAGUACAUUCUCGUUGAGGAAGUUUCCAGAGGUUGGGAGAAGAGAGAUCGAGAAGAACUUCCAACCCAGAGGGUCCUAGAUCCUUUUGAGCAUCCGCUCCAAGCUCAGGCUCUGUGGAAGGGUCAGGGUCGUUUUCUUCUCAAGAGGGUUGGUAACGAUCCCAGCAGCAGAGCCUGGCUCGCCUCAAUCAGAAGCACUGCUGGACACUUGAAGCUCAAUGACGACUUAUCGAGAGACAAGUUGACCCACAUCUGGGACGAAGCAGACACCUUCCUGGUAUGCAUCUACAACGUCUCGCCGGAAAUUCCCUACGCAAUUUUGAGAGUACCAGUGAGCAGUUCAGCUCAAGAUGUCUUGGCUCAGGCUUUGGUGAAAGCUAGGAGAAUGGAGGAUCCUCAGAAGUUCGCGCUAGUUGAAGAAUUGGAGUGGGGUGGUGCUGGAGCAGUUGGAAGUGGAAAUCGUCAGCUGAGGUUGCUGAGGGAUGAUGAGAAUGUCUACAGCACUCAGGCUUUUUGGAAGACUCUGGGGAGGUUCAUCUUGAGGGAACGGGAGCAGGCGAUUCCGAGGAGGCAUCUUCUUCCGGCCACCCUGGACAGGCUGAGCAAAGGCUUCUCUGUUGGGAGAUCGGUUUCGCUACCUGGCUCCAGUAAGGAGAAAGUACCUGUCUCCGAAGCUUUGUCUGAUCCGACCUCUAGAGGUUUAAGACAUCGACUAUUGUUGUCAGGUCGAAGGAGGGAGGUGCAUUCUGAUGGCGAGGAUGCGCGAGAGUCCGACCUACUGAAUGCAGCCCUCAACCUGAAGAAGGUCUCCCUGAGGAAGUUUCGUGUGUGGAAAUCAUAGUGGCAGUCGCGGGCGACGUCACUUUCUACGGUCUUCGCCCCUCGGAAAAACAAUUAGGUAUCAGGGCGCAUUACUUACCCCACUAGUUGGUAGCAGGACUGCAAGGCAGAAUAAAAUAGAUAAAUCAAAUAGAUGUAAAAGAAUUAAAUACAUCCAUUAGUAUUUAUCGGUAGGACAUUUAAACGAUUUCACAUAGUCGAUGAUCAGUCUGAAGCCUGUUGAUGAUAAUUUUAGUCAUAAUGCUGACGGUUGGAUAGCGAAUUGAAGAAGAUUGUGGCUUAGGGAAAUGUCCCAGAGAUGAAAUUUUCCAGUGUCUGGAAUAGAGCAUAAUAGUAUAUUAUACACCAAGGGGGGAAAGUGAGACUUUUUCGAAUAGUAUUGAAAAAAUACAUGAGUCGUAAAAAGUCCCGUCCCUCUUCAUCCCUACCAUUUUUUAAAACAAAUGCAUGAUUUCAGACGCUUUUUUUAACAUUAGCAGUUUUAUUCUUAUAUGAAUUUAGGCAAUUGGAAAUUUAUGGUUAAUUCAUGAAAUACCAAACAGUUUCAGAAAAUUUCCGGAAAUAUACAAAAAAUUCCGAUAAUUCAUGAUUUGUCGAAAUUUUUGGUAAAUUAUGAUAACGUAUGA